UGUGUUGGCUGUGUUUGUUGCUGUUUUCGUCACAAACAAUUGUAAGUUGCUGCAAAAUAGUAAAGGACGGUGGUACAGUUCCGGUAAACCUGAGAAAAAGCAGCAUCCGAAAUGGCUUCGAUCGAGCCCAUGCAAAACAAAACAUGGGAUUUGUCGCUGUACGAAUUGCACCGUACACCGCAGGAAGCCAUCACCGACAAUACGGAAAUUGCCGUAUCGCCCCGGAGCUUGCACAGCGAAUUGAUGUGUCCAAUUUGUUUGGACAUGCUGAAGAAAACGAUGACCACCAAGGAAUGUUUGCAUCGGUUCUGCUCGGACUGCAUCAUUACGGCGCUGCGGUCCGGCAACAAGGAGUGUCCGACUUGUCGCAAGAAGCUCGUUUCGAAACGAUCGCUGCGUCCGGAUCCAAACUUUGAUCUGCUGAUAUCAAAAAUCUACCCCAGCCGGGACGAGUACGAGGCACACCAGGAACGGGUGUUGGCGAAGUUUAACCAAAGCCACUCCCAACAGGCACUGGUGCAUUCCAUUAACGAAGGGAUAAAGCUACAGUCACAGAACCGACCGAACAGAAAGCAGAAGGGUGAAAAUGAUGGUUUGGGACCGUCGAAUGCCAGCUCGUCGUCUAACUCAACCGCUGUACCUGCAGCCUCAACACCGACAAAUGCAAACGGUACCAGUGAGACGGGUAAAGAUAGCCAACCUACAGGCACUAAUGCAACCCCGGCUGGUACAGGUAGCGCUGGUCCACCUGCUACCGCUGGUGGUGGUGGAGGGGGUGCUGGUGGUGGAGGUGGAAGUGGUGGUUCAACGGCAGGAGGAGACCAGAUGCGCCAGUCUUCAAAUCCACCCUCGGUACGGAGCACUCCAUCACCGGUCCCUUCGAAUAUCAGCUCAGCGAGCAAAGCUAAGCGUCCCCGUUCGGUAAUGACCUCGGAACGUUCAGAGGAAUCAGAAAGCAACAGCGAAAUGGACAUGCGGACGGAAGAGAACGAUUCCAACCUUGACACGGAGGGUGAAGGCAACUCCGAGCAUGGUAGUGACGAAAUAGAGCUCGUCUUUAAGCCACAUCCGACGGAAAUGGCCGGCGAUAACCCAUUGCUGAAAGCGUUAAAAGAAAAUUCGAUCCGAUACAUCAAAACUACAUCGAAUGCAACUAUUGACCAUCUGAGCAAAUAUCUGGCCAUGCGUUUAACAUUGGAUUUAGAUCCGGCCUUACCGGAAACAUAUCGGUUGCUAAAUUUCUGCAUUUAUAUAGCACAACAACCGAAUCAGCUGGUAGUGCUUAGCGGCAAUCAGACGCUCCAACAAGUGAAUGAGAAAUUCUGGAAGGUAGUCAACAAGCCGCUGGAGAUGUACUACUCCUGGAAGAAAUCCUAGAAUAUCCACCGGUGAUAGCAGUAGUUUGCUAUUUGAACAACAUUAUAUGCUAGCUAUUAAUCGUGCAUUGAAGAUAAAAUGCAUCAUGAAGGAUGAUAGAGUUAAGGUAACUAAUAAAGAAAGGCAGAUUGUGCAGACAAUCGCAUUU